GUGUUCUUGAGUUCUAUCCAAAACUGGGUCCACUGUCCACAGGUCACAGCCGCACAGGCGCUAUUGGAUUGAAGUAGUUUGAUUACUACGGGCUACGGACUACUUUUUUCCUCACUUUUUUUCGUUUUGCCAUUCUUGGAAGUCUUUCUUCACUUCAAAUCUUAGAUAUUCUUAGGAAAUUACAGCCUUUUUCUUGAAGCGUGGAUUGCUGUGAUUUUAGUUGCUAAAAGAUUCAGUUUUGGCUUCUGGGUUUGAGGAAUUUCGCGUGUUUUAUGCUGCCUGGGAUAGAUAGAGAAAGAGAUAGAGAGAGGGGUGUUGAAGCUGAUGAGAAAGUCAUGGGACCAAUGUUCCCAAGGCUUCAUGUGAAUGAUACUGAGAAGGGAGGACCAAGGGCUCCUCCAAGGAACAAGAUGGCCCUCUAUGAGCAGCUUAGCAUCCCUUCUCAGCGUUUCAACCCCAAUUUGAUUCCUCAGGGUAAUGGACAUGAAAGGGAUAUGCUGUUUCCAUUGCAUUUGCCUUCAUCGAGAACCUCAGCUGAGAAGUUACAUGCUUGCUGUUCUGAUUCUACUCAGCUGACACAGUUUGAAUCCAGAAAGAAAGCGGUUGGAGAUGAUUCAAGAGUUUGCAUCAUUGUCAACUCUAGUACAGAUCAAGGUCCGGGGAAAUUUUAUAGUAAAUCAGAUUGGGAAAAACUUGCUCCAUCGAGUCCGGCUGCUUCAGUUUGUCCUAAUAAAGGUUCAAAGCUCAAUAUUGGAAUAAACACAAGACAACAUAAGAGCCCAAAACAGCUCGUGGCAAUCAGAGGACAACCCGUUAAAGCUGCCUUGAGUGCUACAGCCACAGAUAAGCCAGUGGGUCCUUCGAAACAAACUGAUGUUCUCUUGGAAUAUGAGCUGGGCGGCCCUUUAGAUAAGAGUGGCAUAAACUUACGGCCAGAACACAUGGAUGAUUCUCAAGUUGGCAGCUUUAACGGUGAUGCUACCAUAAUUAGGGAUGUGGAGGAUGGAGAUUCUUCUAUCGUAAUGAGGGAUUUUCAAACGGAAGAACAGAUGAUUACUAUUAAUCUGGUUAGUGAUACAGAAUCUCAGAAAGACAAGGGAUAUAAAUCGCUUCGAACAGGAAAUGUUUGUCCCGGUGAAGACUCAUCUGAGACUUCCAUGGUCGGUUGUAUAUCUGGAGUGGCCAUAAUUCCUGAUGAUAUUGUUGGAUUAAUCGGAAAAAAUCAUUUUUGGAAAGCCAGAAAAUCUAUCAUACAUCAACAACAAGUGUUUGCAUUUCAAGUAUUCGAGUUGCAUAGGUUAAUAAAGGUCCAAAAACUUAUAGCCGGGUCACCAAAUGUGCUUGAUGGUAGCGCUUAUUUGGCGAAAUCUUUAAAACGAUCUUCUGCAAAGAGUCUUCCUCUAGAAUAUAUUGUCAAGGAACCCCAAGACGUUUCGAAGCACAAAAAUGAUUUGGAAAUGCCCGAGUUUAGGAUGGAAUUCUCCGCUGAAAAUACCACGAGGAAAGCGUCUUUUUCUUCUGUGCAAAAUGGCGGUCAACCUCCUCCGAGCUGCAGACCUUUUUCGGGAAAUCCUACGGGGGCAGCCAUAAGUAACGAAUCCGAGAUGGGUCCUUGGUGUUUCCAUCAGCCAGCGGGUCACCAAUGGUUGGUCCCAGUGAUGACUCCCUCUGAAGGUCUCGUGUAUAAACCGUACCCUGGACCGGGAUUCAUGGCCCCCGUCUGUGGAGGUUGUGGAUCCCCGGGGUUGAGUCCUGUGAAAGGGCACUUUUCAGUUCCGGCUUAUCAAGGAAUGGGAGUUCCCUUUGCACCUCCCGCUUUCAAUGGUUACUUUCCUCCAUACGGGAUGAAUCCCGCCAUCUCAACUUCUGGCGUUGAAGAGAUGAAACAAUUUACUGGAAUGGGUUCGCAAUGUCAGGUAUCGGGAGGGGCCAACUCUAACUCUCAACACCAGAACUCGUGUCACGUGCGAAACCAGAAGAAGAACCGCACUGCCCGAAAUGUCGGGAUAUUGCAUCCUUUCGAGGAAAACGAGGUGCAGACCAGCACAGCGAGUAGUCCAAGCGAGAAAUCACCACCCGGUGUGGUGCCCGUGGUGAGUACCGAAAUGGAACGUAGAGGAGGUGCUCGUUAUGCUCAUCAUCAGCCCACGAGAGUAAUACGAGCUGUGCCUCGCCAUGCCAAGUCAGCUACUGAAUCUGCGGCUCGGAUCUUUCAAUCCAUUCAAGAAGAAAGGAAACAAUAUGACUAAAGUUUUAGCUGAUCAAUUGGGGUAGAUCCAUAUAUGAUCAUUUGCUCAUCCAAACUGGUAUGUAUAUAGAUAGUGUUUGGUCAGUUUGCUUUGUGGUAACCUUUUUUUGCUCUAAUCUUGUAACCAUCUGUAUGUACAUAUCUGUAUUUUAGCUCCAUCAUUUUUGUAACACACUGUAUAAUUUGAGGGAGGGUGUCAGUUAUUGUUAUUGUUUUUUGUUUUUUCACUGUAAAUAUAAACCCACUGUGAAUGGGAGAUGUGUAAUUAUUGUUUUGUUGUAGUAGCAAAUGAACAUUAAAGCUUUAAGGGCACUUUAGUUGAGUUUUAUGUC